UAAACUACGCGGUCCCACUCCCGUCAAAAUAUCGCCGCCACUACUAUUGUAAUACUGCUAUAGGCACUUCUUUCAAUCGUUGAGUAACCGCGGUCGGGUGCUGUUUAGUUUACGCGUGUGCACACGUUGUGAUUCGGUUCAAAAUCGGUAUGGCAAUUUAUUGAUAUUCUAAAUUAUUUAAAUCGUGGGCAUAUAGUUAUUACAAAAGUGGCUGUGGAUUGAAAUAAAGUACCGCCUCUGUUUCCAUUGACGUCGAGGAUAUUAUCAAUAUAAAGUCAUCGCCCUCAAUUUUUCAUUUUACUUGGAGAAAAUGACGAAAGGCGGUUUGUCGCCAGUGCUCGUCGAACACAGCGGAAACAAAAUGGACGGUAACGUAGCCGCGACUCCGCCGUCUAAAAAGCGAGGUUUCUUUAGUGGUUCGUUUCGGCGUCGUAAGACAUCCGACAUAAAAAUCAAUGAUACGAUAAUUAUUAACGAAAACGUGGUGUUUAACGGCAACAACAAGAACGGCGUCAGCUCCACGGAUGGUGGAAAAGCCGCCGAGAACGGUAAAAACGUCGACGUCGUCGAACAGAAACUUGCGGUUAACGACAAAAAACCGCCGUUGCAAAAAAAAGAGCCCGUGGUGGACGUAAAAAAAACAGCUCCUGUGGCAGUCCACCAACAGAAGGAUAUAGAAAGCAAACAGCUACAAGCCGACAAGAAGAAAAUUACGGCGGAGGAUAAGAAAAAAGCCGUGACAAAAAGAGGUAAAACGUACUGUAGUGGUUGUAAGAAAAAAUGUUCCGGUGAAGUACUCAAAAUUAAAGGCGACAAAUACUUCCAUAUCGACUGUUUCAAAUGCAAAGUUUGUAAUUGUUCAUUAGUGCAAGGGUUGUUCUUUUCUGAAGAAGGUAGCUGGUAUUGUCCUGAUGAUUAUCAAAAAUUAUUUGGUAAAAAAUGUACUGUUUGCAAUGAUUAUAUAAAAGAUGAAUUGGUUAUUGUUUUGGAACGAACAUAUCAUCAACAGUGUUUCACAUGUACUCAUUGCAGACAACCUUGUCCAAAAGGAGAUCUAGUCACAUAUGUAGGAAAUUCUAUUCUUUGCUCUAAGUGCAAGGAGAUCCCUGUUAAACGACCAGUAUCUGCACAAUCAAAACAAAAUAGCACUAAUGAAACAGAUUGUGCUGAAUGUGGUGAUGACCUUAGGAAUGGACAAGCACUUUAUGCUUUGGAUAGACAAUGGCAUAUUUAUUGCUUCAAGUGUCAUGAAUGUUCUGCUGUGCUUCAUGGCGAAUACAUGGGACGAGAUGGAGUUCCUUAUUGUGAAAAAGACUAUCAAAAACUUUUUGGAGUCAAAUGCACAUACUGCAGUAGAUUUAUAUCUGGAAAAGUCUUACAAGCUGGUGAUAAUCAUCACUUUCAUCCAACAUGUGCAAGAUGUGCUAAGUGUGGUGAUCCAUUUGGGGAUGGCGAAGAAAUGUAUUUACAAGGCGGAGCAAUUUGGCAUCCACGUUGUGGGCCUAGUCCAACUGAAAAUGGCACUAUAAUAAAUGGAGGAUCGAGUGCCAUGCUUAACGGACAUUGCAAUGACCCUGAAGAGUAUGAUCGAAUCAGUUGCUCAGCUGCUAGUGAAACACAGUUUUCAUUACGAUCUCGAUCUCGUGCUUCAAGCUUUAAUGGUUCAUGUUAUAAUGGUUCAUGUAAUAGCAUGAGUAGAAAGCACUAUUAUCGCGAUAUACCUGGAAGUCCAGGACUGUUGCUUCGAGAAUAUAAAACAUCCAAUGUGCCUAUAAGUCGUAUUUACACUUAUAGCUACUUGACUGAAGAGCCAACUCAAGGAUAUUUGAAACGCCCAAUUGACCCAUAUGAUAAGCAACCUACAUCGCCUCAUUUCCACAGACCAACAUCUUGUGGUAGUGUACGUGGAAGUAGUAAAUGUUCAACUUUACGUUCAGCUGGCAGUCGUUCUGGCAUGAAAGCUUUAGUAGACAGUAUUAGAUCAGAGACUCCUAGACCAAAAUCACCUCAUAGUAUGAACAAUGAAGAACCUAUAGAAUUGGCGCACUAUCCCGCUGCUAAACCACCAGCACCUGGUGAAAAACCAAAAAUUGAAAGAGAUGAUUUUCCUGCUCCUCCGUGUCCAUAUACUGAUCCAGAAAAACGUAAAACAUGGUUUGAAAAUUAUAAAGGUAUAUCAGAUGAUGAAGAUGAAGUUGACCAUAAGAUGAAUGUUGAUAAAGCAAUAGACCCCAAACUAAAGAAAGAAGAGGAAGAACUUAGUAAAUUAGGAUCAGGAAUUGGAAAAGUAUUUUUGCAAGAAGUUCGUGAACGCGAAAAACAUCAAAAAUGGAAAGUUUCACACAUGGAUCCUCGUAAUGCUUCAAGAUGUCCUUCUGCUGCGCGAGAGCCGACUUAUCGUCUUAGAUAUCAGUCACCAAUAAAUGCUUCACCAUCUCGUAAUUUGGAUCAUCAAAGACCUUGGGAAGAAGAAGGUGGUUAUUUAGACUCAAGUUACAGAUCAUCAGUUGGACAAUCUACUGGUGCUAUUCCCAGUUACAACACAUACUAUCAAGGUCAGCAUGGGUCGGCUAUAAUGAUGAGGGGCGCCCGCAAGUCGUGCACUCUUCCAGCCGGCUUCCACGGUGGCCCUGGAAAUUAUGUCAGGGAUGGGUUUUCCAUAAACGGCUUAGACAAUAAAACUCUUAGCACAGAUUUUAACUGCGCUAGGUCUGACGUUUCUGCCGGAUCUAUAUCUGAAGUGGAUCAAGGCAACACGUGUUCUGAAAUACCAGCAUCAUCUACAUUUACUGGAUCACUGCGCUAUGUUACUAAUAUUCAUCGUUCACUACCCAACAUGUCUUCGUCACAUCACAGUUCUGAACCUCCAAAAAUUUAUCCAUAUCACUUGUUACUCAUCACAAAUUACAGGCUGCCCUCAGAUGUUGAUAGAUGUAACCUCGAUCGUCACUUAUCGCCUACAGAAUUUGAAGCAGUGUUCCAAAUGUCACAAGCUGAGUUUUAUCAGUUGCCCAAAUGGCGCCGCAACGAAUUAAAGCGUAGGGCACGCCUGUUUUAAUUCUACAUUCACUUGCUGCUGUGUUUUUGAUAAAAGUCAAAAACUUAUUAGGCUUCUUGGUUUUAAACUUUAUUUUUAUCUUUAGCAGCUAAAUUCUUAUGACAAUUAUAUUGUAAUAUCAGUUACGUUCUUGUACCAAAUUUUUCUAUAUUUUUAUUUAAAAAAAAAAAAUAAAAUACUUUAUUCCUAAUUUAUUUUAACGUUUAUUAAUGACAAUAUUUAAUUUUUGUUUAUAGACACCUUAAAGUUUUAAUAAAUUUAUUUAAUAAUAAUAAAAAAAGUGUAUACUUAGUAACUGUAAAUAUUAAUAAUAUCUCUAAUGGCUUUUAUUGUUUUUGUGAUUUACUUUUAAUAAUUGUAGUAUUAUUAGAUACAAUUUAUAAUAUUUUAUUUAUAUUAUUUAAACUAGGCCAACUGGUCUAAUUGUUUGAUUGUCAUAAAUGUUGUUGUCUUGAUACAAUAUAAUCUGUCAACUCCAUUUAUUAUUUUUAUUAUAAAUAUAAAUAUAACGAUUUCAUUCACUGCUAAACUAAUGUUUUAUGUAAAAAUGUAUGUUACUCAAAAUAUUUAGUAAAUUAAGCAUGCCUUACUCUCAAAGCUGGGCACUAGUUAAUUAGUAAGUUAAAGUUAAGUUAAAAUCUUACUUUUAAAGUAAGUUUCUUACUACUUAAGUUGGUUUUAAUUCAUAACAUUCUAACUCAUUAAAAUAAAAAAAUAACUAUGUUUUUUUGUAUUAUUGCUGCAAAAAUUCCAAUGCUUCAUAACAUUGGUGACUAUAAAAUAGUCUACCUAAUAGUGGAUAAUAAUUAAUAGACAAUAGUGUUUAGUGAUAAUAGAUAAAUUUCUUAUUGCGUUAUAUUUUCUGUGUUACACAUUAAAGUUGAUUGUACGGUAUGUAUUUUAUUAUGAAUGUCUGCAAUUGGUGAAUGCUAAAAGUCUCUGGCAAUUGUCAUAUUAUACCAAAAUUAUUGGUAAAUUUUGACCUAUUGAAUAAACUUGAACUGUUUGUAAGUAUUUACCAGUUAAUUACUAGUUUGAAAUAUUUUAUUACCUUAUCCAACAACAUUUUUAAUAUUAUGUCACAAUAAGGGCUAGCUAUACUAUUAUUGUUAUACAUUAUACAAGGAAAUUGAUUAUCAAUUGCUGAUGUACUAAGGGAUUAAACAGUUUUAUAAAAUAAAAUAACAUAAUUUUAAUGAAUAAUACUUAUAUAGUUGUAUAUUACCUAAUAAUAAUAAUUCAUUGAUUAAAAAAAAUAUGUUGUAAUUUAUAUAUUAUCUAUAGAUACUAUACUAUACUCUGUCUGUACUAUUUUAUGUUGGUAAUAACCAAACCCGUGUUGUGUACCUAUGUUGACAUUAAUCAAAAGCAUCAUAAAAGUGUUGACAUUGACUAGUAAAUGUCUACAUUUUUUUAAUUAGUCAACAUUUAUCAAUUUAGGAUGUGUAUGUCGACAUUAACUAGAUGACUCAGUAUUCACCAACUGCAAACAUACACUGUACACAACAUUAAAACAGUUGUAACGAAAUUCUAUUACUGAUAUAUUGCCUUUAAAUUAUAUUAUAUGUUAUUAAUAUGACGUAACAAGGUAGUAGUAAAAUAAUGCAAAACACAAAUUAUUGCCUCUACCAUCUUUUAUUCAAUUAAUAAAUUCUCGUUAGUAAUUUUAAUUAGAUAAUCGUUAAUAAUUAAUUGAAUAAAACAUUUUGCAUUCAAAUAGACUUUUAAAUAAUGAUAAAAAAAAAUUGGAAAUUUCAAAAACCAACUUACGUUUUAGUUAAAUUAGUUUUAAAUUAUAGUAACUAUUAAAAGAAAUUAAUAUUUUGCCCAGCUUUAACUAUUUUAAAGCAGCUUUAUUUGCUUUACCUUGAAUAGGUAAAUAUUAUUUUGUAUUUGAUACAACAAUAUGUAUUAUUUAGGAAAUUAUUACAAAGUUCCCUUGUAAUGAGGAAUUAUCCAUAUAAAAUUAUAUUUAUGUAUGUGUAUAUUAUAUUUUUGUAAACAUAGUAAAGCUUGAUGUUGCGUUAAGUAUGUAAGGAAUUGUUUGCCAACAACACCAAACUCGUACAAUUUUGAAGCUAUAUUAACUAUAUUAGUACAAGUUGUAUGUAAAAUAACGUUUGUUACAAUAAUUUAUUUACAUAAUAUAUAUUUUAUUACAGUACUAAAAUGUAAUAACAUUUAAAAAAAAUGUUAUUGACAUUUAAUACUUAUAAUUCAUUGUGCAAUUUAAAUAUCUUUUUUAUUUAAUUAUUUAUUUUAUAUAUAUAUAUAUAUACUAUUUAUUUAUUCACACAAAUUUUAAACAUUUGCAAUAAACAUUUUUUAAUGUACCAAUAGUUUAAAUGUGAUUGGUGCUAGUCUUUUAUCGAGUCACAGUCUAAGGACAUAAAAUAGAUAAACAUAUUUAUGAUUACCUAUGUAUUAUUAUAUGUGAGCUUUUGUUUAAUUUUAUUUUAUUCAAAUACAAAAGUGAUUUAUCUGAGUUUUAAAUUGCUUAAAUACAACGAUGGAUAUGAUUUGAAUUGAAUUACUUCAUUGCAAGAAUAAUGGUACAUCGUACAUGCAUUAUUAUUUGAUAACACAAACGAGGAUAAAUCGCUAAAAAAACAAAAUGCUUGUCUUAACAAUUAAGCAAACUUAAGUUUAUUUAUAAUAUUUAUUUUUUUAAAUUAUACUUUUAUUGUCAAGCUUAACAAAUAUAAAUAAAAGUUUAAGGAAGGA